CCCACCCAGCAGCUCGCCACACCACUUGCCUUUCCUCGUACUACGGCUACGCGCACUGCCGCCGCCGCCGCCGCCGCCGCCUCCAACUCCAACUGCGGCGCCGGGGAGAGGAGCGGGAGGGGGAGCGCGGGGAUGGGCCUCGUCGCCGAAGAAGACUGGCAUGACAUGGACUUAGUCGAAGAGUUAAUUCGCGCCGCGGACAACGCCAUCGCCUCCAGCAACCCUAACCCCACUCCCACGCCCAUCCCCGUCUCGCACCACGCCACGGCUUCCGCCUACACCUCCACCUCAGUUUCGUAUCCCCGCGCCGCUUCCGCUCCGGUCUCAGACCUCCCCGCCGCGUCGUCCUCCUCCCCGGCGGUCCGCUUCUCCCCUCCGCCGGAGCUCACCCAGCGCCCGCCGCUCCCCCAGCCGUCCGCCGCGUCCAGCGAUGGGGAGGCAAUGGCUAUUGUCGGACGUGAGUUCUCCCCUCCGCGCGAUCUCUCCCACCGCCCGCCGCUCCCCCAGCCGUCCGCCGCGUCCCGCGAUGGGGAGGCAAUGGCUAUUGUCGGACGCGAGUUCUCCCCUCCGCGCGAUCUCUCCCAGCGCCCGGCGGCCGAGGAGAGCGACCUCUCCAUCGUCGCGCCGUCGGGCCCCGCGGAUGGCCGCGUGGGCACGAAGAGGGAGAGGGAAACGAGGGAGCUCGAGAGGCUCAAGAGGGAGCUGAGCCGUGUCUCCAAGCAAGUUAAUGAUUUGAAAAAUGAAUGCACCCAGCUGAGAAAGGACAGAACAAAGAAAGAUUUUCAAAACAAGGCUAAAGAAGUGGAGAUUCAAAAUCUGAAAAAAGCAUAUGUCAGCUUUGCCAACAAAGAUGUUUCCGGUGCGGGGAUGGAUAUUGAUCAGCCCUUUCAUGCCCCGCCAAAUGGGGGUUUGCAAGCUGGUGGUUCUUCUUGGCCAUCCACCAGGCAAACAAACAAGACAAAUGGCAAAGAUAAUGAUGCCAAUUCCUUGCAAGUUGAUCUGUAUUUGAAGCACGGGGAUCAAACUUAUUUACCUGAGGCCAUGGAACUGAGGCGACGCACCAUGAUUGAUAAUGGAAUAAGUACAUCUGGAGUGUUACUGGAGGAAAAUACCCAUUGUGAACCAAGAAGCAUUAUGUGCAAGGAAAUUAAGGAUAUAGGAGUCCAGACAGAUAGUACAUCUGACAGUGGACAUCUUGAGUGCAAGAAAAUAUCGGUUGAGCGUAUCUCUAGCAAUCUACGUGCAAUCUGGGGCAUGGCAAGUAACAGUUUAUCAAGGAGGAAUCUGAUAUCAAAGAUCAUUGUUUCUUGUUCAGAAGAAAUUUUGUCACUUCUCCAAUGUACCAGAUUGACAGACAACUGUCAAACUUCUUCUGAAGCAAGCUCAUCCAUGAAUGAAGCUAUUUCCCAAGUAUAUGACAUGUUUGUUAAGAUGAAUAAUGAGAAUAUACCAAUACAGACUUUCCUUGAAGGAUUGCUAAAUCUCUGUACUUUUGAUAAUGCUGCUAUAGUCAGCAGAACUUUGAGGAUAAUGCUCAGUAUAUUGCAACACUUGCUGAAUUAUGGAACCAAGUCUAGUGAAAGGACCAAUGUUUCUGUUGAACCAUAUGUUAACAUACACAUGGAGGACAAUCACAAAGACAGUUCUGGUUUGCUGAGCCCUCUGGAUGCAGAAAGUCUAUUGAGACAGCAUAAUAUGUCUCUACCUUUUGUGUUCUGGAGUUCAGUCUUCACUGUAAUGCUUCAAAUUGUGGUCAAGUACUCAGAAGAAACAAUUCGAACUGAUGCAUUAUCCGUAAUGAUUCUCAUUUUAAGAACAACAGAUCCCAAAGAGGAACGCCACAGAUUCGGAUUUACUUCUAUAAUGACAAGAUUGCAUCUGUUAUUGCAGAAAGAAAAUGUAUUGCUUGUAAAGAAGCAUUCUGUGCGUCUACUUUUCUUGCUUUUGAAUUGCCCAGUGAUGUUGAAGUUACUGUGUAGUGGAGGCAAAGAUGGUUCUGAACAGUUGGAGUCAGAAGGGUGUGAAAAUGAUAGAUCACAAGUCAUAAGCUCAGUUCUAGUGGAUUUGUCUGAGUGUUUGUCUUGUGAGGCAACUUGUUCUCUGGAAAUUGAGCUUUGCCGGCUUGUUAUCGUUCUGUUAGCGUAUAUAGCUUCCAGCGGCAAAUUGGGAUAUGAAGUGCUUUUAGGUCCAGUGAGUGCCCGUGGUGCCAGUUUUUUGGAGCUGAUAAUGCAAGUCCUUGCAUCUCAAAUGCAAUAUGAAACACAGGAGUUACUCAAAGAAAGGUGUCUGCUGAUGAGAGAGGCUCUUAUCCUUCUGAAUCGGCUGGCAUCCCAUGCAAACUUUUCAAAACCAACUUUGGAGGUGCUAACGAGCAGUAAGCUUUGUGCAACCUUGACAAUCGAUGUCGCGAACCGGUUACCCCAGACCCGGAUGGCAAAUGACCUCGCUGAGCUGGCCCAGAAGUUCAGGUCGCGAGUGUAUGCUUUCCUGGAGGAGAAACCCUUGCAAUUGAUGGUCCCAAUCCAGGAGCAACGAUAUUCACCAGUUGACUGCUCCACCCCCAGGUAGCGGGGAGAUAGUAACACGGAAAGCAAGGUGUCUGGGGUUUAUUGCUAGCUGGUCGAGAAGUUUAGUUUUUUUUUCUUUCUUUUGUUACUAACCCUAGUAUCUUUUUCUGUGUUGGGUUGAGUUGGAUUUGCUUGGCUGGGGUGAGUAGAUAGCUUUUGCCUGGUGGUGCACAGAGGAGGCAGCUUCCUCGCCAUUUUGGGGGGAGAAAAAUGUAAUAGAACUACGGCACGGCAAAUGCCCACGGAAAUGUAUAUCAGAUCCGUUCUGGACAUCAUACGUCAUUGGCCAUUGCAGCAUUAACGAAAUUUUCAACGUU